AUAUGAUAGAAACUGUGGUCGUUGUGUGUACAUCCGGAACCACUGAGAGCGGUAAAAGAAGAGGGAAAUUUGAAACUGGGCGGAGCAGUCGGCUUUACCUGCUAACAUGACCCUAACAGCUAAUUCAUCUGCAUCUCGAUGAAUGCAUCGUUUUUUGUAAUUUGUAACAACGAGACUGAUUCAUAAUGGAUCACUUCAGAGAUCAGAGUCUAAAUCUGGACUCUCCAUCUAAACAUAGUUAUGUUGGCAGCUAUUACAAGCCUCCAGAGAAGCUGUCAAGACCUCCGUAUAUGAGCGCAGACACACAUCCACUGGAGGGAAAGAGCUCGGGUGUACAAGACAUCAGCCCACAACUUUAUCAGAGAGUACCUGAUGCUGGAAGCAGAGUGAUAUCAGCCCUGAAAACACUCCAGGAGAAGAUGCGACGCUUGGAGCUGGAGAGAGUUCAGGCAGAGAGGAACGUCCAGGAUUUCUCUCAGACUAUUCGACAUCAGGCGGGUGCUUCUGCGCAGAGAGAACCGGAUCACAGCACACAUGAGAAUCAGUCUGCACAGAGGAAAGAAGAGCUGGUUUCUAAGCUUCAGUCUGCAGAAACACGAUACUCUCUGCUGGAAAAACAGAUUGACUAUAUGAGGAAAAUGGUGGAAUCUGCAGCGAAAGAGAGAAUCAAUCACACAGACAAGCAGGACUCCGUGUGUAGGGAGAGCACACAUACAGACCCACAAAUGCAGGCACACCUCAACAAAUUGGAAAGACUGGAAAAGGAGUAUCUAAAACUCACCAGUACACAGUCUAUUGCUGAGAGGAAGAUCGAGCUCUUAGAACAGAAACUUUUAGAGGAGCAACAUGAACGCAAACUUGUGCAGGAGAAAGCAGAGGAGUUGCAGCGAGAGCUUGAAAACAAUCUCGUCUCCCUUUCUGCUGUUACUCAACCUAAAGGCAAGAAGAAGAAAGAAAAGGCGUCUUGCAAGAAGCCCUCCUCAGCGAAGUUAGAGGCGCCCCCCACUCCUAAGGCUAAACGCCUCCCAUUUGUGGCUGGAACAUCGACCAGUCCCAGUCACUCUGUCAACGCUAAUGUUCAGAGUGUGUUGCACCUGAUGAAGCACAGAAACCCACGGCUGUGUGAGAGAGUCAGCGCUCUGCAGAAGUCGGGUUCUGAGAACCAGCGGGCCGAGCGCAGACCUCCGUCCUCCCCCAGCAGAGCAGCUUCAGCACUGGGCAGCCUCUCUGAUGUUCUGCUCGCCCUUCAGGAUGAACUGGGACAGAUGAGCUUUGAACAUCAGGAGUUGGUCAAGCAGAUAGACGAGACCUCUAAACGAGAGCUUCGUGAUGAUCUGGAGCAAGAGCUGGACUGUCUGGUCAAGAGAAUGGAGGAGAAAGCAGCUCAAAUCUCCAAACUGCGCAAACAUCAGCAAACAGUUCAGAAACUCUCCCAACGAUCUUGUAGCCCCAGGAAGAAGCCACAUGGUGCUGCCAGUGUAGAGGGCAAAACCAGGGCACAGAGUGGGGUACAACCAUUGCCACCGUCCCCUGUCAAAGCCUCAGCUAGCAAGGGACAGAAACAGAGCGGGAGCAGUCAAGAGACCCUGAGGCUCCUGAGAGAGACACAGAAACUGUGCUCUGGCCUCCGCAAACAGGACAUUGCAUGGGAGACAUAGUUGGAUUGUCCUGAAACGCAUAUCUGGGGCUUUGAGGAGUUGCAGCUCAAGAGGACAGUGGAAUGACACCUGAUCUUUGCCCUAAGAAAUCAGAAAACACUGAUUCACCUGCAUCAUAAUUCAAAUUUUACUCAAAACAUCAAUAUACCUCUCAAUGAUUUUGAGAUUUGUUUUAUUGAUUUUUAUUUCUGUUAGUAAUCAUUUUUUUUUGAAUAAGUUGUAAAUAAAAUAUCUACAUAAUUUUAAGUACAGACCAACUUUUUAUUUAUGUGCGCACUAAACUUUGGUUUGAUAUGUUGAUUCAAUAGAAAUAAGACAUAAAUAUUUGAAUGAACAUUUUACAAAAUCACCACAAAUGGUUGUUGAUGAGACUUUUUACUUCACCUACUCAAAGUGUGAGAAAAGAAUACCAGGAAAUGUAGUGAUGGUGAUUAAAGAUGUGUGGGAAAAACAA